UUGCAGGACCGAGAGCUGAAGGCUAAAGACAAUGGAUUACAUGGCAAUAUUUAAGUGGUCGUUGUCCUAACCACUGCAAUUUGAUCAAUCACGGAUGAUCAUGGUUUGUGUCUAGAUCGAUGGUUGUUGUUACUAAUUGCGCAGCCAUGAAAGAGGAGCGAGGAAUCUUAAAGGAUUGAGGAGGAAUACGACCAAUCAGACAGUACGGUUCGUCGAACGUCAAAAACCGAGGGAAAGAGGAAGAAACCCCUUUUUGUUGAUCUAUCUGCGGCUAAUCCGUUAAUUUUCUGUUUUGGAGGCUCUGAAUCGAACUUGCAUGAGCAAUUCGGUGGGGGUCGGAAUCGGAGGAUCGGACGCAAAUUGAGCAGACUAGUGCUCCGAAACAUGUCUGCCAUAGUGUGUGGGAAGAGAUCAAACAUAUUCGAAGACCUACCUGCAUCGUCUCCACCUGUUUCAAAGAGGAUUCGUUGUUCGUCUUCUUCGCCUGUUCGAUUCUCUCCCCCAAGGACUUCACCCAAUCUUCCUUCUCCUCAAUCCCUACUCAUCGACCACCUCAGUGCUUUAUUUCCUGAUAUGGACAAGCAGCUUCUUGAGAAAGCACUUGAAGAAUGUGGUGAUGAUUUGGAUUCUGCUAUUAGAAGUUUAAAUGAGCUUCGGUUAGGAUCUGCAGAUAAGUCUGUAGAUUCUACUGGGGGUAUAACUGAUGGAGUGGUUGACUCAAUUGCACAACUUCAACCAGAAGAAAUUGUAGCUCCUGACGGCCCCGCAGCUAAACAAAAUCAUCCUAUGGAUGGCGCUGAAUGGGUGGAGCUUUUUGUGAAAGAAAUGAUGAGUGCCUCGAACAUUGAUGAUGCUAAAGCUCGGGCCUCAAGAGCACUUGAAGUGUUGGAGAAGGCCAUAUGUGCACGAGUUAGUGCGGAGACAGCAAAGAGCUUCCACCAGGAAAAUAUGAUGCUAAAGGAACAAGUGGAAGCCCUAAUCCAAGAAAAUAUAGUUCUGAAGAGGGCAGUGGCAAUACAGCAUGAACGGCAAAAAGAGUAUGAAGAUAGGAACCAAGAAUUGCAGCAGUUGAAGCAGUUAGUGUCUCAAUAUCAGGAACAAGUAAGAACAUUAGAGGUGAACAACUAUGCCUUGACAAUGCACCUAAAGCAGGCACAACAAAGCAAUUCCAUCCCAGGGCGUUAUCAUCCAGACGUUUUCUAAUCACCUUGGACUUGUUUCUUGGCUCUUCCCUUCCCAUAGUCUAAAUAAUCACCAAGAAGGAACAGAGCACUAUGAUUUUUGGAAAUUCUUUGAAAAUGCAUGGCUGUCCCUGCCCUUUUAAUAUACCACCCCAUGUUAACCAGCAGAGAUUUAUAUUAUUUUAUGCUUGUUUUGAAUUUGAUAUUUGCUUAUUGAAAUAUGCAAGUCCAUUCAGUUGUGCUGUAUGGUGCCUAUUAUUAUGUUUA